AUGCGUUUCCUUCCGCAAUGGGUUGGUUUCUUCAAUCGUUUGCCAGGACGCUCCAGUCAUCCAUUACCUCCCGCGUAUGGUCGUCUUUCAGAUAUAAAAACUUGGAAAGAAAUAGCAGGUCCUGUACGCUUCGCAAGAUAUGCAAAGAGAAGCAUUCAGAUAUGUUAUCCGCAAAAAUUGGAACCUUUAUUUGAGAUUGCGAGAAAAGUGAAAGCAGUGACGGCUCCUUCCAAAAGGUAUUCUACCGAGCAUCUCCACAAUGAUUAUGAGUCAACGUGGUGCGAUUUGGACUUGGACCUCUUUAUUGUCGUACAUGGUUUAUUAUUGAAAGAUUUGGGUCAACAGCAGUAUGUUAUGAACGUUGGCUUGUUAAAGUCCGCUUUACUAAGGCCAAAGUUCAUGUUCUUUUACGAUAAAACAUCAUUGUUUAAAAUGGCUGCCGGACUCGGAGAAAGUAUUAUUAAGAAUCAUACAUUUUUAGAUGGGAAUAAGAGAGCCGGUCAUCUUGCUAUUUCUACGUUUUUACUUCUUAAUGGUUACGAUUUAGUUGCGGAUGAGGAUUCUGCUGAGCAUAUUUUAUUGGGUGUGGCGAUGGGUAAAGUUAAUAUCGAUACGCUAGAAUCUUGGAUCGCUAGUAAAGUGAAAACUUGCGAAUGA